GCUGAUCUCCAGUCAACCCGUGGACAUCAUGACAACAAUGCCCUCUCGUUUUGGCACUGCUGUGCGGAUCUUCACUACCACCUUGUUUGCAGCAGUGGUGCUUUUUGCCAUCCUGCUGGCCUAUGUGACAGGUUACCAGUUUAUCCACACCGAGCAGCAUCACCUCUCUUUUGGCCUCUACGGUGCCUUUCUUUCCCUCCACCUCCUGCUGCAGAGCCUCUUUGCCUUCCUGGAACACAGGCAAAUGCGGGGUACCACCAGACCCCAGCACCUGCGGCACACCGUGGCCCUCUGCAUUGCAGCCUACCAGGAGGAUCCGGACUACCUCCGCAAAUGUCUGCGGAGCGUUCGGUGCAUUUCCUUUCCCGGCCUUAAAGUAGUGUUGGUGGUAGACGGGAACCGACAGGAAGAUUCCUACAUGAUGGAUAUCUUCCAGGAGGUUAUGGGGGGAGUGGAGCAGACAGGCUGUGUGGUGUGGAAGGGGAAUUACCAUAGCGACGGUGAUGGAGGAGGAGGGAAGGGCUCACUGCAUGCAGAGGAGGCUGCACAGGUGGCCAGGGUGGUGCGGAGCUGCCGGUAUUCCUGUAUCAUGCAGGAGUGGGGAGGCAAAAGAGAGGUGAUGUACACAGCCUUCAAAGCCCUCGGAAAUACUGUGGAUUACAUACAGGUGUGCGAUUCGGACACUGUACUAGAUCCAGUAUGCACUAUUGAGAUGCUAAAGAUUCUGGAGGAGGAUCCGAAAGUGGGUGGAGUGGGAGGAGAUGUUCAGAUCCUAAAUAAGUACGACUCCUGGAUCUCCUUCUUGAGCAGUGUCCGUUACUGGAUGGCCUUCAAUGUGGAGCGGGCCUGCCAGUCUUACUUUGGAUGUGUGCAAUGCAUCAGUGGCCCGCUGGGAAUGUACCGCAACUCUCUCCUCCAGCAAUUCCUGGAGCCCUGGUACCACCAGACUUUUCUGGGCAGCAAGUGCAGCUUUGGUGAUGACCGGCACCUCACCAACCGUGUCCUCAGCUUUGGCUACAAAACCAAGUUCACAGCACGCUCACAAUGCCAGACUGAGACCCCCACUCAAUACCUGCGCUGGCUCAACCAACAGACCCGCUGGAGCAAGUCUUACUUUCGAGAGUGGCUCUACAAUGCCCUCUGGUUCCACAAGCACAGUCUCUGGAUGACCUAUGAGUCUGUGGUCACUGGGUUCUUCCCAUUCUUUCUAGUGGCUACAGUGAUCCACCUGUUCUACCGAGGUCGGUUGUGGAACAUCUUGCUCUUCUUGCUAACAGUCCAGCUGGUGGGCAUGGUAAAAGCCACCUACGCCUGCUUCCUACGAGGCAGCCUGGUCAUGAUCUUCAUGUCAUUGUACUCACUGCUCUACAUGUCAAGCUUGCUACCAGCUAAGAUCUUUGCCCUGUUGACUAUUAACAAAGCAGGCUGGGGCACAUCAGGCAGGAAAAAGAUAGUGGUGAACCUGAUUGGAGCAGUGCCAGUGACCGUAUGGGCAGCCAUUCUGCUCGGUGGCGUGGUUUACACUAUCUACUGUGAGGUGCAAGAGCCCUUCAGUGAGACAGAGAAGGCCCUUCUCAUCACUGGUACUAUCCUCUAUGCCUGUUACUGGCUCAUAUUGCUAGUGCUCUACCUGGCCAUAGUGGCCAAGCGCUGUAACAAAAGAGAGGAACAGUAUCACCUGUCCUACGCUGAAGCCUAACAUGGACUCUCUAAAAUAUCUUUAAUGG